AUGAAAAGAAGCAAAGAAGUGAUAACUAAAAAUCAUAAUCAAGAAGAAAUAAAUGUUCUUCGGUGUUGGAAAUGUAGGAAAUGUAUAGCACGUUCUGGUUGUUUCAUGAACUAUCUUGAGAAUCAAGGGCCUAAGGAUAGUGAUGACUCAGCUGAUAAUCAAAAUACCUGUCGUGUGUGGCACAUGAAUAUAGAAGCCCUUCCAGAAUGGAUAAACCGCCUACUACAAAAAGCCCAGUGGACAGUGGGAAAACUGAAUUGCCCUUUUUGUGGGGCCCGUUUAGGGGGCUUUAAUUUUGUCAGCACUCCAAAAUGUUCCUGUGGCCAGCGCGCAGCCGUGCACCUCUCCAAGAGCCGGACCGAUUACCAGCCAGCACAGGCAGGCCGACUAAUGAGACCAUCACCGAAACACUUGUCACAUCCUACAGCUCGGUCAGGUGGUGACAGUGAAGCUCUGCUGACGGGCGGCGCCUUCAAAAACAGAAAUCGCAGGCUUUCAAACAUGGCCCAAAAGAGUAAUGGCCCCGGGAGGUUAACAGAAGCGCUGUGCCUGGAGGUGCGGUCGACGUGUGUUCAGAUGAAGAAGGAGAAACUGCUCUUCAAAGCAUCCGAUUCAAAAUACCAGCUUUUUGUCCCGCAACUUGUGACUGGCAGAUGCACCAGAAGAGCUUCCCACAGAAAAUCACAGAGCUGGGAUCUGAGCAUCAGCGAGAAGCUGACUUUAUUACCCACAUUCUAUGAAAUGCAUAGUAAGACUAUCGCCUGCCCCAGACUAAAUGAAGCCCAGCCUGAGGACCUUUUGGACCUGCCUUUAGAAUCUAGUAAAAAUAGCUGUUCCUUCCACCUAUCAUCAAGUUUUGAUUCCAAUAUGCUGCUGCAGAGGUUUUCGGCGGCUCCCCGUGAGACCCAGACACAAAGAGGAGGAGAAUUCCAGAGCGGCCUGGGAGCUUCUGCCGUGCACCCUGACCACGCUCGUCCCGGCGGCCUGGCGUUCCUGAUGGACCUGCCCUCCGCCGGCAGGCGCACGCCGGAGGCUUCGGACCCCGAGGAGCGCCUGUCGCCCCUGGACAUCCUGCGCUCCGGCAGCUUCUCCCUGGGCGCCAUUCAUCAGAGGCUCAGCAAGAGAGAGAGGAGCAAGUUGAAGAAUCUGAGGAGGAAGCAACGAAGGCAUGAAAGAUGGUUGCAGAAGCAGACUUUGACUAAUGACAUGAAUACAGAUGAUGAAAUUGAAUAUGUAGAAGAAAAGGAAAGCUACAUCUGUGCAGUGUGUCUGGAUGUUUAUUUCAACCCAUACAUGUGCUACCCUUGCCACCACAUCUUCUGUGAGCCCUGCUUACGGACUCUUGCCAGAGACAAUCCUGCAAGCACUCCCUGCCCACUGUGUCGGACCAUUAUUUCCAGAGUCUUUUUCCAGACAGAACUGAACAAUGCCACAAAAACAUUCUUCACUAAAGAAUAUUUGAAAAUAAAACAGAGCUUUCAGAAAUCCAGCUCUGCAAAGUGGCCCCUACCGAGCUGCAGAAAGAAAGCAUUCCAUCUUUUUGGAGGUUUCCACAGACGUGCAGCUCCAGUUACAAGGAGGCAGUUCCCACACGGGGCACACAGAAUGGAUUACCUGCACUUUGAGGAUGAUAGUCGUGGUUGGUGGUUUGACAUGGAUAUGGUGAUCAUCUAUAUUUAUUCAGUGAACUGGAUCAUUGGAUUCAUCGUUUUCUGCUUUCUUUGCUAUUUUUUCUUUCCGUUUUAG